GGACGCGCACGGCGGCGUGGCCGCCGGGCCCAGCAGGUGACCGCGGCCCCGGGCCGAAGCCGGAGCCGGAGCGGAUCGCGGGCGGCGCGGCGGGCAGACGGCGCGCGGGGCCGGGCGAAGUUCGGCGGAACAUGGCGGAAGAGCCCGGGGCGCGCAGGAGCGCGGCGCGGCGGCGGCCGGAGCCCCGGGAGCUGUAGCCUCCGCAGCCGCCGCCGCCGCGGGGCGAGGUCGCCGCCAUGGCCCGCUGGAUCCCGACCAAGAGGCAGAAGUACGGGGUUGCGAUCUAUAACUACAACGCCUCUCAAGAUGUGGAGCUGUCCCUGCAGGUUGGUGACACGGUUCACAUCCUGGAGAUGUAUGAGGGUUGGUACAGAGGAUAUACCCUCCAAAAUAAAUCUAAAAAGGGUAUUUUCCCUGAAACGUACAUCCAUUUGAAAGAGGCCACCGUGGAAGACCGUGGGCAGCAUGAGACCGUGAUUCCCGGGGAGCUCCCGCUGGUGCAGGAGCUCACCUCUACGCUGCGGGAAUGGGCCGUCAUCUGGCGCAAGCUCUACGUGGUGAGUUUGCCCCGGGGCUUGGAGCCGGUGGCAUUAUUCCUGGGCCCUCAGCCCGUCUGUUCUGUUGCAAGGGGUGGCCACUCCUUAGCUCUCUGUGUGGAGUGGGUGCAUCUUACCUGA